GUUAUUAGCCACAAGUUUUCCUAAAUGACGACAUCUACUCAGGAAGCAAUGAAUACUCCCAACAGUGCAUACCCCGACUUGGAAAAGCGGUUGGAGACGUACAUUCGAAGAAUGUACGGCCUGAAGGCAAUCGAUACAAAGAAUGAGUAUGAUCCGAAUAAAGUUGAAUAUUUUGGGAUCCUCAGUCUAACCGAUACUAGAGCUCCUCGUCGAAAGUUAUGGUAUAUGUACUAUGCGACGACGGAUCAAGUGGACAUAACUGUGGAUCGGAUCCAUCGUAAAUAUGGACAAAAGAACAUGUACGAGCUGUAUAGAAAACCGGUGUUUUCUGGCGCCGGAAUGCGAUCCCGAGUUAAAAAUCACUUUGGAGGACUAAAGUGGUACGUGAAAGGAAACAUUUUGGAAGCCCCUCCCGGCAGCUCUUACAACGACGAGAAGGUGGUAAACACAAUCGCAGAUCUGUAUCAGGCCGAAAGGCGAAAAUACUAUGAUUACCUAAUGUCUACGAACAAUAUUUACAAGACAUGGUCCUACGAACAUCUUAAUACAUAGCAGAUGCUUCUCUUAAUUAUUCUAUAAGAUUUAUUUAAAGCUAUAAAUACAAGACUGCGAGUAAA